AUGCCAGACGCUAAAUCUGAUAGUUUAACAACUGCUCUGCUAAAAUUCUUUGCCUGUUUUGUUCUUGUAAUAGUAGUUCUACUUCUUGAAUUGAUAUAAAGAUCAAUAUUCUCCAAAGCCUCAAUAGAAUCAAUUAAGUAACUAUAGGAAAAUGAUGCUAAAUCUACAGUGGGCUUCUUUAAAUUCAUUUAUUUCCUAGGUGAUGCUAGAUGCUACUACGUGCUAGUCAUGUUAUUUUUCAACUUCUUUUCCAGAUAGACAUCGUUUUACUUGUCAUUAGUAAUAAGCUAAUGUGUCUUUGUAGAAACAUUUUUGAAAUUAGUACUGAGGGCUGGUAGACCAUACAUGAAGACAUCCAAGAUAUUCCCAUUCGUGUGUGAACUGUCCUUUGGCAAUCCCAGUGGAGAAUCAAUGAUGGCUGUGGCCUUUGUAAUCGUAGUUGGACUCUAUGUUAUCAAUAAAUUAAAAGACUAACAGGAUGACUUGACUGAUAGAUAAAAAGUAUCGUUAGCAAUAACAAUAAUCUUCUCAAUUAUGAUGAUUAUACUAUUCUCAAUUCAAGGCUCUUACAAUGGAAAUAAUACCAUCGAUGAAAUACUAUUUGGAAUAGAACUAGGCUUGAUGAUUGGAUGCUUUUCACAUUUUUAUGUACUUCCAAGACUCGACAAACAUCUAACAAACCUUAUGGAUGGUAUAUUUAUUAAUAGAUACAGACAGGUCUGCGUUGGUUCCCUUGUUAUGGUCAUGAUGACUUUUAUUGUCACAACUAUUGCUUACAUGGCAUCUGUUUCUAGUUUCUAACCAGAAUAUUAAUGGCUCUAUCAGAUCUCAGUAAAAUGCCCAGUUUCAAAGUAACUUAACGAGUUAGUUUUCCAUGAUGCAGUAUACGUGGAAAUUGGUUUCAUAUUCUAUACAUUUGGAUCAUAUCUUGGAUUAGUUAUAGAUUCAAAAGAAUAUAAGGGUACUCACAGAACAGUUAAUUCCACGGGUGUGAAGUAAACAUUGAUCAGACUAGCAAUAUCUAUCCUUCUCAUUGUGCCUCUAUACAUACUUCCAAUCUUCCUAAUCAAAUCUGCUAGAUUCGUUCUUCUCGUUUUGCUAGUAAAGUAUGGUUUACCAUCAUUCCUGAUAGGAUUUGUGCUCUAUGGAUAUUCUAAAUUACUAUACAAGAGAUUCAACUUAAUCUCAGAUGAUAUGCUUAAUGAUAGUAAUGUUUCUUUCGCAAGUAGAUAAGAAUCUGAUGAAGAUGAUGACAAACCUGGCAAUAAUAGAAUGACUCUCAGAAAAGAUAAAACUCUUGAGGAAUAUGAUAAGAAUAUGAAGAAAAACAUUAAUACUUUUUGA